UUGAAGUUUGAAGGAAGUGAAGUACAGUGUUGUCAACACUCAACCUCAGUGUUAAACUUAAUUUAUCCUAAUUUACGGUUACUAGGAGGCAUUAAUGAAGCUCUCGGGGGUCUUUUAAGACAUUCUACUAUUGUUAUCUUUUAUUGUCAUUGGAACUGCAGAUCUGUCUUCAUGGCCAGCAAAAGGAAUUCAAGUUCUAAAGUUGUUCACCGGCGAACCUUCCAAAACAGCACACAAAUGGUAGAGUUGACUCUUCGGACAAUCCCAAAGUCUACAUUACAGAAUCGGGUAUCUUCAGCUGUUCCACGACCUUUUACUAGAGAUUGUGCACUGAAGAAGGAAAUAGAAAAGAUUACAAGAGAAAAAAACAACAACAACAACAACAACAACAACAACAACAGGGCUGGGCCCAAAAAUGUGGGAAGAUCACCUACAAAUAAUACAAAAAGCAAAACAUCUGGUGGUGAAGUGUCAGUUGAGGUAUUAAGGAAAAAACCCAGUAAAAAGCGGCACAGAUUUGUCUCUCCAAAUUCUACCUGGUUGGAUGUGCUACAUAAAUCUAGCAGUGUUAGUAGUGCUGAUAUCAGUGAAAAAUCAUUACACACUACUGCAGAUGAGUUAACAGAACCUCUUAAUGAAGUUACUAGAGGACAAACAUUAUCAAGACAACCUGUCAGAAAUUCACCUAUGACUGAAAGUAGAUCUUCAGACUCCACAAAAGGCAGAAAUAUCCAUCAGCAGAGUUGUGCUGUACAGACAUCUAUACUGUGCCCUGCCCAGCCUCUCCCAUAUAAUGAGAAUUUAUCAAGCUGCAGAGAAGAUAGAAAGAAAACUGAAAGUAUUCCUGAGAAGAUAGGCAUAAGGUUUUCUCCCCAGCAGAGAACUAAUGCCAAAGACAAUGCACUAGUAGCAAACAAUUUCAGGAGUAGAGCUGGUGAAUCUCAGGAACAGGAUCUUGAGGUGCACUCUGAACAAGCAAGAUCAGGUAAUGAUAGACUGCUGUCUGAUGAUGUUAAUGCUUCACCCUUUGGAGAAAGUGCAUUACAAUUACUACGAGAACUGAAAGAGAGACUUCGGAAAAGAGGUGACAGUCAGGAUAGUGAUGUGGUGGGCGUUCUAGAGGCUUUCAUCAGUGGACAGGGCACCUCGGGUGGUGUUGGUGAGGGCAAUCCACCUCCCUCAGUGCAUGCUGCUUCAUAUUUUCCUCCUGUGUUUCCUCCUGAUCAAAAUAUUUAUCCCUCUCACUCCCAUGUUCAACAAAACCAUAAAUCUGUCAAUAGAUUACCUCAAACUUUAUACAGUGAAAAUAAAAGAAAAUGUUUAGGAGGAGGAAGUAAUGUAAAACAAACUACGGAGGAAAGUUCUCCACAAAAUGUGCAGAGUCAGCAAGGUGUCCAUGAUUUUCGUUUCAAAAUUCCGGAUCAUCCCAUCAAUUUUGGAAAUUACCCCAUCCAGAGCAGUAUGCAGCAUAUACAUAGUGAAAAUCUUAAAAUUUUAACCAACCAUGAUGCACCACACAGUAAUCACCAUCAAGCACCACAAGACACAAACGGCAAUGAAGAACUCUUGAGAGAGUUGGCACGACAGAAAGAAGUAAAUGCAGACCAAGAAAGGAUCAUCAAAGAGUUACGAAAAUUAAGUGCUCGACUCAUUGCCCAACAAGAGCAGGUAAUAAAUGUUCAGGCAGUAUUUCCCAAACUACUGAGCAUGGUAUUGUGGCUAUGUAUUUUCUCUACAUUUAGGAACUUGGAGAUCCAGUUAACAAAAGCUAACUACUUGUUGAAUAUGAAAAGACAAUCUCAGUCAGGACUCACUGCUAGAAAACUUUCCAAUUCAGUACCCAAUUUGGACACAAUAAAUAACCAUAUGAGGACAUCUAAUAAAUCACAUGAAAGUGCUUCUAAUUGUUCAGAGAGUGAGGCUGAUUCGGCUUAUGAGGAAAAAACUGGCUCUCGCUUAACAUCCAAGAUGAGUUCCCCUCACUUGGAUCAACAAAAGCAAGACUCUGGAACAGGUUCCUCAGAUAUUUCACCACAGCACCCAAAGCAAAAUUACAAGGAUUCUAAAAUACAAGAAGGGACAGUACCCCUUACUGUACAGAAUUCUACUAAUGUACGUACAUGUGAAUUCAUAAUCGACCCAUGUAUUCAUGAGAUUCAGAAGCUAACAGCUGAAGAAAUAAAGGCAUCAGAAAAUAGUAGAAUUAUUGAGUCCCAAACAAAAGUAAAUGACCCUACAAAUUACAAGAAAAAGUUGCAUAAAAUGCCUAGUACUCAGAACCUAAACCUGGCUAGAACUAGAGGCGUUUUAAGUGAUGUGGUCCUUAAAGUUAGUGACCUUGAUCCAAAGCCUUGGAUACCCAUAGAAGAGCCUACUUUUUCUUCUUUUAGUACCAUUAAUGAGCUUAAUCCACACGAUAGUUUAAUAAGCCAUGAAACAUCCUUUCUUAAAGGAAUUCAAGCACCAAGACAUAAUCAAAAUUUAAAUUCUCAAGAAAGCAAAUAUGGCUCUCAUCAACCACUGGAGUCUACAAGGGUCCAGGAAAACUCGCAACCCACAUUAGAUGUCAGAGAGGAUGACAGUAGUGCAUUUGUACCCAUGAAGGCAUUUAAUUCAUACAGUACUAUAACAUUCAAGAAUGUAGAUAUACUUGAAUGAAUCUAUGGCCAAAAAAAAAAAAGAUUUAUUCACUAAUUUUUAUAAAACUUAAGUAAUGUGGUAUUAAAUGCAAUGGAUGCAUUCUUAAAAAAAAAAAAAAAAAAAAAAAAGUCCAGAUGAACUAUGAUUUGCCACUCAAAAAAUGCUUAAUAGCUAUCAUAUAACUGGUUAAAGAGUUGUUCAGUAUACUUUAUAAAUCAUAACUUACAAAGUAUCCAUGUCAAUGCAUCCAAACAAAAGAACACAAAUGAUUUUCUUUAAGAACAAAUUUAUGAACACCUAAUCUAUGAUAACCAGGUUUAAUAUAUAUAGAUAGUAAAAAUGCUUCUUUAAGUUGAUUAGUAUUUGUACAACAGAGGUUUAAUAGAAUUUUUGGUCAAGUGUAAUGUGACUUGUACAUAUGUAUCAUAGCAAUUGUUGUGCAUUCCAGUGACAUUAUGUAAUGACAUAUUAUGGAAUAGUCAAUGUAACAUUUGAUCAAAUAGGUAAAUAUGGUGGUACACUUCAUAAGUGUUUGUCAGUGACUUGUUACUAUUUGUUUUUAUAGCCCUGAAACCUAUGAGAGUAGUGUGUUCCAGGCUUCACUGAUGCCACUGUGUGGCAUUUGGGUAGUCAGUUCUGUGAUAUGGCAUUUUUAUACUUGACCAACUUAUAAACAAAAAUUCCAGAACCUCAUUUAAACAAUAUGAAUUUUAAAAACAGUAAAUAUAUAUUUUUGUAAUGUACUUUAUGGAGAAUCCAGCAUAUUCUAUGAAUUUUGAAAACAAUGGAUAUAUUUUUUAAAAUACCAUACUAUGAAUUAUCUUGGUUCCCACCUCUUGAUUCUCAAACUUAGAAUACAGUGGACCCCUGGUUAACGAUAUUUUUUCAUUCCAGAAGUAUGUUCAGGUGCCAGUACUGACCGAAUUUGUUCCCAUAAGGAAUAUUGUGAAGUAGAUUAGUCCAUUUCAGACCCCCAAACAUACACGUACAAACGCACUUACAUAAAUACACUUACAUAAUUGGUCGCAUUGGGAGGUGAUCGUUAAGCGGGGGUCCACUGUAUACUGUAUGUUAAAAUACUAAUUAAAGGACUUUAAUAGUCAUAUGAAGACAACCUACAGAUAUUAAUGAAUGUAUGAAGUGAAAAGCGAGAGUCAACAAUUGAUAGACUGUCUUAGAGAAAGAGAGAUAGAAGUAAGGUGGUGUUACAUAUAUGGAAGACUGUGAAACAAUUGUAUGAAACUGGCUUGUAUCAUUCCAUAUGAUAUAGGCUAAGUUAUAUUUAAAAACAUUACAUAAAGUAUUUUUUCCAUAAGCAUUACCAAAAAAUCUAGUAUAGGUUUACUAUUGGGCUUUCCCCUAAUGUAGAAUACUUUAUAUAAAUGACACUCCAUGAGACUGACUUAUUAUUGUUCGUCAGAAUAACAUCCUGCAAAAUGUAAGUGGAAUUAAUCACAAAUGGGUUUUUCUUUAAAUUUUAGUAAUUUUAAUGAAGCUUAGUGUUGACUUUCCUAUGUAGGGAAAGAAAUUGUACAGUAUAAAUUCAUAGGAAAUUUAAUAUAGAUGUAAGUUUGCAAGUUUACAUAUACUAUAGUUGGUAUAUAGUGCUAAUAAAUUGAUUACAUACCAGUACAUAUUAUGUUUAGGUAUAAGGAAAUUAAAUAAUUAUUUUUACUUGUAGUAACAUAAAUGUAUUUAUGGGUUGCAUUUAUUCUGACAGAGAGAACCAUAUAUAUCAUUACAGUGAAUGUCACAAGAAUGUUUUGAUGGGCAGUUUUAACUUUUUUAUUACCCAGUUACAGACUUCUCUACUUUUUACCUAUUAUACUCAAUAUUAUGAAAAAAUAUACUUUUUUAAAUAAAGCUUUUAUCAUUUU